GUCUGCUCAUUAAUAUUCAUGAGCUGGGCGUGUGCUAGGCCCGGGCCGCUUUGUCCAGUGUCGGGCGGUGACGAGUUGUGGAGUAGCCGCAGGGAUGUCGUUCAUUCCGGGACAGCCGGUCACCGCCGUGGUGGGCAUCUAUGUCACACGAGUGAGUGAAGGAGGACCUGCAGAGGUGGCUGGCCUUCAGAUGGGAGACAAAAUCAUGCAGGUGAAUGGAUGGGACAUGACCAUGGUCACGCAUGAUCAAGCCCGAAAGCGUCUCACCAAGAAGAACGAGGAAGUUGUCCGGCUCCUGGUGACCAGGAAAUCUCUGCAGGAGGCUGUGAGGCAGUCUAUGAGACAGUAAAGAUCGCUCCUCUACAUGGAUCUCCUCUUCUAGUACACCGGUUAAGAUAAAGUCUGUGUGCCAGGCAAUCUUUCACGCAUGCGUUGUUGCUGGUCUUCGCAUCUCCAUAACCAUCCCAAAGAACUUGAUGGACAGAUUCAGCAGCUGCACAUGGGUUUUAGUUUGCCAAGUGAUGUGUUCCCCAGUACCUACAGCGGAACACACUACUCUAUCUGAUAUAUUCCACUGUAUAUUGAUUUUACAAGCCUUGUAAGUGGUGUCCUCCUUUAAUCACUGUUGGUUCAUGGGUACGCUUAGGUUUCGAGAACUCCUUCAUAUCCGUGGCAUAGAAGCCAUAACCAUGUAUUUUACCUCUCCAGGGAAAAAUGGGAAUGAAACUGGGCCCCUCUUUUACAGCUGGACCCUAGCUGCUAGUCCUCCAUUGGUUCCACAUUUCUGACCUAAUUUGGAAAAAGCAUGAGGAUGUAUGCUAUCAACGUACUGUAUUUUAAUCCACUUAAUAUAUACUAAAAUGCGUGGUGCAUUCUCUUUACAAUUCACGUAAACAAUUCAUAUGAAAACAAACUAUCCUAAACACAUUCUGUUCUGUUCAUGAACAUUUUCAGGUCCCUUUUUGUUCUGGACCCAUCUGUUUUAGUAAAUCCUUGAAAUACCUAGAGCAUCUUUUCUUGUAUUGUCCUGUUCCUGUUAUUCUUCUUGUCAAUAGGGCAUGUCCCUUACACCAGUGAUCUCCAAACUGUGGACCUCCAACU